AUGCGGGACGCGUCCACCUUUCACGGCGACCCCUUCAUUUACGCUUCCCUGAUUAAAGCCUGUAAUAAAGCUCGCGCCUUGAUUCAAGGUAAGUCGGUACACGGCCAUGUUGUUAGGGUGGGGUUGGACUAUAAUGUGAACGUGUUGAACAGCCUUGUUAGUUUUUACAUGGGUCCUGCGAAUUCGAUGAGUUAUGCAGCCCUGUUGUUUGAUGAAAUUCCUGAGAAAAGCAUUGUUACUGUCAAUUGUAUGAUAUCUGGGAAUAUUAACAGGGGAAACCUUGAUGUGGGUUUGAGCUUGUUCGUUGAAAUGUUUAGUGGGUGUUAUGGUUCGAAUGUGAAGCCGAAUUAUGUUACUUUCGUGAUUUUGAUAUCUGGUUGUGUUCAACUUGGGGGAUUGAGAUCUGGAAAUGCGCUUCAUUGCUGUUGUUCUAAGAUGGGAUUUGGUUUCAAUCUUGAAAUAUGCAAUGCGCUUAUUGAUUUGUACGCUAAAUCAAGGCGUAUAUUCGAUGCGGAGAGUGUAUUUAGAUGCAUGCCGAAAAGAGACGUUAUUUCGUGGAAUUCUAUGAUUUUGGGGUACGGUAAUAGUGGUGAUUUCGUGCGUGCAUUUUCCCUGUUUAGGAAAAUGUGGGUCGAGAAUGUGGGAGCUGAUAAGGUGUCUUUCAGCAGCUUGUUAUCUGCUUGCAAAGACCUUUCUUUCGGAAGGAUGAUCCAUGCUCGUGCAAAAGUUAGUGGGCUCGACUGUGAUGUUUCUGUCGGGACAGCUCUCAUGAACAUGUAUGCAAGGUGUAGAAACCUGGGGUAUGCCCGGAAAGUGUUCGAUGAAAUGCCUAAGCAAAAGAUUGAAUUUUGGAAUUCUAUGAUACAUUCAUAUAUAGAACAUGGGCUUGCUCAUGAGUCUUUAAAGCUACUCGAUAAGAUCAAAUUGAGAGAAUUAGAGCUAGAUGAAGUGACGAUUCUUGGAUUAAUCAUGGCUUGUCGUGAUACGGGGGAUUUACGCAUGGGUAUUCACGCGCACUCCAUUGUGGAGAGCAAAGAGUGCUUCAAAAGAAGUGUAGUUUUGGGAAAUGCUCUUAUCGACAUGUACGCAAAAUGCGGGAGCAUUACGAAAGCUCGGGCCAUUUUUAACGGGAUGUCGAUAAAAGAUGUCGUCUCGUGGACGUCGAUGAUAGUGGGCCACGCGGUGAACGGCGAAGGAAAUGAAUCUCUUUCGAUUUUCAAACGAAUGUGCGAAGAGAAAUACGUUCCUAAUUCGGUUACUUUCAUCGGAGUUUUAUCCGCGUGCGAUCACGCGGGUUUGGUUGACGAAGGGCGAAAAUUUUACGACUUAAUGCAAGAAACUUACCAUAUUAAGCCGAAAAUCGAGCAUUGUGGAUGUGUGGUUGAUAUGCUUGCUAGAGCUGGAAAAUUCGAAGAUGCUCAAAGCUUUAUUCGGCAGAUGCCUAUUGAGCCAAAUGCGCUUGUUUGGAGAAUGUUGAUGAAUGGGUGUAGAGUUCAUGGACAAAUCAAUCUUGGAUUGAACUUGGAUGAUAAGAGCGUGAGAGAACUAAAAGAAUCUCGCGAGCCGACAAAUUUUGUGGUUUCAUCUAAUAUGUAUGCUGAAGCUGGAAGAUGGGGCGAUUUUAUGGUUGAUGAAAGAACGUGUAAAGAAGCUGGAAAAAGUAUUCUUGUGUCGUCUUUGAUAGAGUGA